GACCUUUUGAUCUUCUCUUUUUCACUCCACAGUCCACACUCGCACACUCACUUUUCUUCUGCGCCUGUAUCUCUCUCUCUCUCCCCCUCAAGUCUCAUGUAUGUAUAGAUGGUGUAUGGAGGUAUAUAUGUAUCUCUCUUGCUGUAAUUUCAUGGGAUUAUUUCUUUAAUUAUCGUACUCUAGUGACUUUGGUCUGGUGUGUGUUUAUGAGUUGAUUGCUUCAUUUGGGGUUUAAAUUAAUGUAACGAAGGAAAAAGCUAGUAAAAGGGUGGUGGUUUGUAAGAGAGAGAAAGAGAUGCUGGGAAUCUUCUGCUUCCAGCUCCGACUCAAUUUUAUCAAGGUGGAGAGUUUCUUACAUUGGACUGAUUGCCAAAUUAUGAGCAACCAUGUGGAAAGUGGCAAAUAUUAACUUCUCUAAUACUUAACGUGGUGAUAUAUGGCAUCUGCUGGUCUUGGACACGGGGGAGUUGGAAGUUCCAGAAGUGCUAAUGGCUUCAAAGGAUCAUCCAGUUCAUUAGAUUGGCUCGGAAGGGAGAUGCUUGCAAUGAGAUUGAGGGACAGGGUUGACCAUGAUGAGGAUGAUAGGGAUAGUGAACCAGAUAUAAUUGAUGGUGUGGGUGCUGAAACAGGACAUGUUAUAAGGACGACUAUAGGUGGACGCAGUGGUCAAGCCAAACAGGUCAUAAGUUACAUUGCCGAACAUGUUAUUGGAACUGGUUCUUUUGGUGUUGUGUUCCAAGCAAAAUGUAGAGAAACUGGAGAAAUUGUUGCUAUCAAGAAGGUGCUUCAGGACAAGCGCUACAAGAACAGGGAGUUGCAAAUUAUGCAGAUGCUUGACCAUCCUAAUGUUGUCUCCCUUAAGCACUCUUUCUUUUCAACAACAGACAAAGAAGAGCUAUACCUGAAUCUUGUCCUUGAAUUUGUACCUGAAACUGUGAAUCGUAUAGCCAAACAAUACAAUAGGAUGAACCAAAGGAUGCCAUUGAUUUAUGUCAAACUUUACACAUACCAGAUAUGCAGGGCGUUGGCAUAUAUUCACAACUGCAUAGGAAUUUGUCACCGUGACAUCAAACCUCAGAAUUUACUGGUGAAUCCUCAUACACAUCAGCUAAAGCUUUGUGAUUUUGGGAGUGCAAAAGUUUUGGUGAAAGGGGAGCCCAAUGUGUCCUACAUUUGUUCAAGAUAUUAUCGUGCUCCUGAACUCAUAUUUGGUGCCACUGAAUACACAACUGCUAUUGACAUUUGGUCAACAGGCUGUGUGAUGGCUGAAUUACUUCUUGGAAAGCCUUUAUUCCCUGGAGAGAGUGGAGUUGACCAACUAGUUGAGAUUAUAAAGGUUUUAGGAACACCUACCAGAGAGGAGAUAAAAUGCAUGAACCCAAACUACACUGAAUUUAAGUUUCCUCAGAUAAAGCCACAUCCGUGGCACAAGGUCUUCCAAAAGUGUUUGCCCCCAGAGGCUGUGGACCUGGUGUGUCGGUUUUUCCAGUACUCUCCAAAUUUGAGAUGCACUGCUUUGGAAGCUUGUAUUCACCCUUUCUUUGAUGAAUUAAGAGACCCUAGCAGCAGACUUCCAAAUGGACGUCCUCUUCCACCACUGUUUAAUUUUAAACCUCAAGAACUUGAGGGCAUCCCUGCUGAAACAGUCCGCCGGCUUAUUCCAGAGCAUGCUCGAAGGCAGAAUUUGUUUAUGGCUUUGCACUCUUAGUGGCUUAUCUGGCAAUGUCACCUUACCACUUUGUCCUGUAUCACAUGUAAAUCUUUUUCUUGGGAAUAUCGUGUAUCAUGUCUGUAUAAAGCUGGAAAUGAAUUUCUCAGUAGAAUCUGGGAGAUGAGCGAAAUAUGAAUUUAGGAUCGUCAAUUUUCUGGUUAUGAUAAACCAGACGCUUAGACCCUUAUUAUCCACUGUUUGUAUGUUUGUGAGAAUCUUCAAAGCGGGACUUUUUUGAAGCCUAGUACCGAGCUACCGGGAGAUUAGUUUGUAAUGUUAUCAAUCAGUUUCACAUAGUGACAUAGGAACAUUUCCAGGGAAGCUCCCUGAUGCUGAUAUUCUGGUAGUAUUCACUUGCCUGUUGUUGUUCA